AUGGCACGGCGGCUGCGGGCUGGCAGGUGCCGAGGCGGGCAGGGCGGCAUUCCCCUGAUGGGAGGGGCGCUGGCGCUGCUGCUGCCGCUGUGGCUGUGUGGGGCGGGCAGCGGCGCGGCGCCGGUGUAUAAUCUCAGCCUGGCAGUGGACGAGGGGAUGCUGGUCAAGGCGCUGGUGGGUGACAUCCGCGCGGGGCUGCUGGUGGGCGCGGAGCCGCUGGGGGGCUUCCUGCUGUUAGAAGGGAGCCGCGAGUCGGCAGUGCUGGCGGACUUCCACGUCCAGCCGGAGACGGGCAUUAUCCACAUGGUGCGGCGGCUGGACUGGGUGGUAAGCUACAGCUUCGCGGCGGCCAUGCUCUGCGGCGAGGUGGUGCAGGUGGAGAUCGCUGUCACCGACGUGAACGACCACUCGCGACGCUUUCCGAAGCACAGUCUGCAGCUCAACAUCUCCGAGCUCAGCCCGCCCGGCAGCGCUUUCCGCCUGCUGACUGCCUGCAACCCCGACGCCGUCUACUUCGACACGCAGGGCUACGCGCUGUUGGAAGAGGGCAGCACGGCGGGGGAGCCACCACUCUUCCACCUGCGCCAUGUGCGGCCGGAGCUGCUGGAGCUGGUGCUGCUGCGGUGUCUGGACCGAGAAGGGGCGGAUAUCCACUGACUGGUGGUGGAGGCGUGGGAUGGUGGCAGCCCGUGGUGACGCGGUGGUCUGUGGGUCUCCGUGCGGGUCCUAGACGAGAACGACAAUGCGUCAUUCAGCCACGGCGAGUACGGGGCGCAGUUGCAGGAGGACGCGCCGCCGAGCACUGCGCGCCUGCGGGCCACCGACCCCAACCUGGGCGCCAUUGGUGAGGUGCGGUACGCCAUCAAUCACUGGCAGAGCGACCCCGAAGGCUACUUCACGGUGGAGGAGCGCAGCGGCCUCCUGUGCCUCCGCCGACCGCUGCACCACGAGGCGUGGGCCCUGCACCGCUUUGUUGUGGAGGCGCGGGACGGUGGCGCCCAACCCGAGGUCUCCAGCGUCCUCGUCUCCAUGGCUGUGCAGAACGUGAACGACAACCGGCCCUCCAUCCGUCUGCUCUAUCUCACCGAAACUGGCGGCCCGCAGGUCUCUGAAGGGGCGCGGUCCGGCGACUACAUGGCCCGAGCGUCCAUUUCGUAUGCCGAGCUGUCCCUGCUCAGCGGAGACAGCACCUUCGCGUUGCGGGCGGCUGGGGCCGGCGUCUUCUUCCUCUGCAUGGCGGGGCCGCUGGACAGCAUGAGCCCUGACCUGUAUGAGCUGCAGCUGGUGGCCACGGACGGCGGCAUGCCACCGCUCUCUGCCGAGGAGCCGCUGCUGCCGUUGUUCCCUCAGCCCCACUACCGCGCUGCCAUCUCAGAGGUCACUUCCCCUGGCACCACCGUGCUCCGCCUUAGCGCCUCCAAUGCUGAUGAGCUGGGCUCGCCCAACUCCGAGGUGCGGUAUGCGCUGGAGGGCGACGCGGCCACCCUGACCCUGCUGCUCAUCAACGCAUGGAGCAGCGCCGUCAGCACCCACGCGCACCUGGACCGGGAGCGGCUGGCGGCGUUUGAGCUGUGCGUGGUGGUGCAGGACGGCGGGGUCCCGCCGCACGCCGCCGCGUGCUGCCUCAGCAUGCUCGUGGAGGAUACCAAUGACAACGAGCCAUGCUUCGAGCGUGCCGUGUACCGUUCACGCCGCGCCAGGCCGCCGCCUCCUCCAGACUUUGAUGCAUUAAUAGUACAGAUUUUCCAGGGCCACAAGUGUGAUGUCAUGUGCGUGGAUAUCACUCAAGGUGCACUGAAUUUUCAAAGUGUCACCAUGCUGCCAUAA